AUGACCCCCCUUCAACCCUUUGCUGUCCCUGGUGCGCAAACAGUCCAUAGCCAUGCCUUCCCAUAUGGACUGCAAUACACCGGGGCAGCCUCUGUAGAGGAGGCGGUGCAGGCCUUGACAGAUUUCUCUGCUUCUGGUGAACUGUCCGCAUUGCUGACCCGACACGGGGCGAUCCUCAUCCAUGGAAUUGGGCAUGCCUCGGCCGACACCUUUGCACGUCUGAUCAACGCGGCCGAAAAGACUCGCGGGUCACAGCCGUUUGUCCAGAUCGGACUGGCCGGGAAGCGAAAUGCUAUUGCAGAGAAUAUCUGGACAGCCAACGAGGGACCGUCCGACCGUCGUUUCUACCAACACAAUGAGUAUGGUCGGUACACGCGAUUCCCAUCGAAUAUUCACUUUUACUGCGAAAAGAAAGCAUUGACCGGCGGCGAAUCACCCAUUGCACACAGCGCGCUGGUCUACGAGAGACUGCAAGAAACCGUUCCCGAACUGGUCGAGGCGGUCCGCUCCCACGGUCUGGCAAUGAGACAGGUCUUCCGGGCGCCCGGCAACGAAGGCAAGGGCAACGAGUUCAACUGGGCAGGCGAGCACAGCUUCGGCCAGGAUUUCCACCCGGGCGACGAUCUUGAAACGCAGAAGAAGAAGGUUGAGGUGCAGGUGCGGAGAUUGACCGACUCGUUCCGCUGGUUGGAGGAUGAUACACUUGAACUGACGCAGUUCGUGCCGGGCAUCCGAACCUUUUAUGACAAGCCUGUCUGGUUCAAUGGUCUGGUGGGACGGUAUGGGAUGACCAGAGAUCUGGGAGCCUUGGAGCCGCCUCAUCUGGGUCACGAUGGGAUGACCUAUCUCCCAUCAAGCUAUAGUGAUGGGACUCUCAUCCCGCAGGAGUACCUGGCCCGCAUGGAGGAGGUGGUUGAUGGGUUGGAGAUCAACGUCGCCCUGGACGAGGGCGACCUCUUGCUGGUUGACAACUAUCAGGUGUCCCAUGGCCGUAAGCCGUGGACAGGGGAGCGCCGCAUUCUGGUCAGCAUGUGGGAUAGAGAUGAUCAUGGCCAUUAA